ACAAACUCAAUUUUAGAUCCACGACAAAAAGUAACAUUGGUCUUAUUAAUAAUGAAAUGGAUUAAAACUGACGCUUUUCAAAUUUCGUAUCUCGAUGUCUAUUUAAAUGGAGAUGCUCAGCCACAUGUUCCCCCUGACGUCUUCAUGGCUUCAGAUCACAAAAGACGGUGCUAAUGCUGUUGAUUGGUCAAGCAACUUGAAAGGCUCAGAUGAAAUUCUACAAAAAAUGCGAAACCAUUCUCCACAUUUAGCCGUCAUUGGCCGAGGCAAUGACGACAUCACAAGCCUGCUGUUUCAGGGUGCUGUGUCAUGUGGAGCCAAAGAUUUCACAGUGGUGUUUAUCUGUCCUCACCCCCUUGAUAAAAUUCCAAGUGCUGUCCAUGGCAUGCCAAAGCCGGAGGCAAACAUUCUCCAAAAUGUUCAUUUCCAAUACCUCAAGAACGUGGAGGAGUUAGUGAAUUACUGUGCCUCUAUUCACACUCGAUCUGUAAUGCCAGAUGUGGUCAUGGUGGAUGAUCUAAACCAUUACAUAGGACAGGAAAAGAAAGGAGAACAUGGCCUUGCUAAAUUAUGUGCCCAUCUGCUUGAUUGUGUCACCUUCAUUAGCUCUAAGAAUGAAAGAGACCUUUGUCGCCUCAUUGUUGGUUGUCAGGAAUGUCAUGAAAUACAGUCCUAUACCCUUGAGAAAUUUAGAUUGACACCUGUCCUGAUUGAAGGUACAUCUGUUUUAAAUCAACGCAAGCUGUCAACAAAAAUGGAAAAUGUUGAGAUAACUCUACAAUACAAGGUAGCCCAGGAAGCAAUAUUUCUAAAGGAUGUGGAAUUCAUACGCAGAGAACAGGAUCAAACAUAGAAAAGAUCUUAAGUGUCACAUGUGUUUGUCCUCUCCAUUGGUUCAUCUAUACAUCUGGAUAACCCUACAGUUCCAUUAAGUGCAAUUUGUGAACAUGCAUAUAUGUUUAAUACCAG